CACAGCCAGCCAGUCCAGCCGUGCGCGUCGGUGGCGUCGUUAGGCGAGGAGCGAGGCGAACUGCAGUCCAGCCGCCCGAACUGGGACAAGACGAGUCUCUGACGAAAUCGACGAACGGGCUGCGUUUGAGAAUCUGUAGGACUGGGGAGAAAUUGGAUUUUGAACCACAACGGCGUGCGAGGGAACCUCGCUUUAAAUUUUCAAAAUGUGUACCAGAUUGCUCACCUUCCAGAUUAUCAAGAAGCGUAGCAACCAUGGAGGAGGACGAGACAUUAUUCCACGAUACUAGCUGCUUAACUCCAAUUAAUGUUGACAGCGGCCCAAACAUUGCCACAAAUAGUGUGUAUGCUAGUGCUCAAGAGCUGAAUGGAGAAGCGUGGCGACUCAAUGGACCUCGAACAAACCCCAUUUAUGACUUUCAGCAGAGAGUCCUCCAGGUCGAAGAAGAAUUAAAAAAGAAUGGUACAGAGCUAUUAAAUAUGGCACCUUUAGAAGCAGAUGAACCAGAAUGUGUGCAUGAGCAUUCCUCCUCACUGUAUUUCAACGAUGGAGAAAGAACAAUUGACUUUGUUCUUGUCUGGGAUUCUCACAAUGAAUCUGCUAAUGAAGAAUCAUCUGUCAGGAAGAGAAGAAUUUUUGAAGAUAAUCUGUUGAAAGAAGGACUUUUACUUGAACAUGAGGAGGCCCAAUCAAAUGGACUGGUAUUUGUCAAAAUCCAUGCGCCUUUUAAACUGCUCAGAACGUAUGCAGAAAUCUUGAAACUUCGGAUGCCUAUGAAAGAUGAAUUGUGCCACCUCCCAAAAGAUGCUAAAAUGGGUGCCAUUUCAUACGCCACAUGGUACUUAGCACAGAAGAUACCUGCCUUAACAGAAGUGCAUGCUAAAACAAACAGCCUGCUGGAAAACUUCAACUCUUUAUUUCAUCGCAUCAUGUCCCGUUUUUACGUGGAUGAGAAAAUUUUCCCUCCUAAAGGACAUAGAUAUACUGCUGUAUAUAGUCGAGACAAAGAAUAUUUGUUUGACAUCAACGCCACCAGCUUUUUUACUCCAGCAAUUCGCUCAAGAAUUAUACACUUUAUAUUGGACCGUAAGAGCUUCUCAUCGAAAGCUGAUGAUGACUUUGCAUUUGGCAUCGAAAGACUGAUUGCUGAUGAUGUUUAUACUGCUGCAUACCCUCUGCAUGAUGGUGAAUUGCAUCGUCCUGGAUCCAUGCGCCAUCGUUUGUAUACAGAGUGGUCUGCUGUUCGGAAAAUGCUCCAAUAUCAACCUUUGGAUUAUGUUAAAGAGUACUUUGGUGUUAAAAUAGGACUAUACUUUGCUUGGUUGGGAUUCUACACCCACAUGCUUUUACCUGCAGCCAUUGUAGGGUUGUUGUGUUUUGUAUACAGCUGCCUGACUCUUUAUACAAAUCAACCAAGUGAAGACAUCUGCAACAAGCAACUUGACAUCAAGAUGUGCCCCCUCUGUGAUCAUUUUUGUGACUCAUGGUCUUUGGAUGAAACUUGCCUUCAUGCUCGUGUUACUUACCUUUUUGACAAUGGAACAACUGUUUUCUUUGCAAUUUUCAUGUCUUUCUGGGCUGCCAUGUUUCUGGAGCUCUGGAAGAGAUACUCUGCUGAAAUUACACAUAGGUGGGAUCUUACUGGCUUCGAUGUUCAGGAGGAGCACCCACGACCACAGUAUCUUGCCCGUCUUGCGCAUGUGAAGCGUAAACAUGUUAAUGUGGUAACCAAUACUAUGGAGCCUCAUGUACCAUUCUGGUCCAUGCGCUUUCCUGCAACUAUGCUCUCUUUUUCUGUGGUGUUACUACUUGUAGCAAUGGCUGUUGUGGCAGUCCUAGCUGUUGUCCUUUAUAGGAUGUCUAUAUUAGCAGCACUUAGUGUUUAUGGUGAUUCUGUUAUCACAUCUUAUGCAUUAUUGUUUACUACUGCCACUGCUGCAUCAAUUAACUUGUGCUGCAUCAUGGUGUUCAAUUUGAUAUACACAUGGCUUGCUGAAAGACUAACUGAAGUUGAACUACUUCGAACUCAGACUGAAUUUGAUGACAGUCUAACCCUUAAAAUCUACUUGCUGCAGUUUGUGAACUACUAUGCUUCAAUAUUUUACAUUGCAUUCUUUAAGGGAAAGUUUAUUGGGUAUCCAGGAGAAUACAAGCGGCUCUUUGGUUACAGGAAAGAGGAGUGUGGCCCAGGAGGAUGUCUAAUGGAAUUGUGUAUUCAACUGGCUAUAAUCAUGGUAGGCAAACAGGCCAUGAAUACUUUGCUGGAAAUGGCUUACCCCUUAUUCUACAAGUGGUUAAAUACAUUGAAAGUUAAAACAGGCCUUGAACCGGGCUCUCCUGCUACCAAAGGUCGUUCAAAACAAUGGAUGAAAGAUUUCAAGCUAGUAGAGUGGGGUCCCCGUGGCCUCUUUCCUGAAUAUCUUGAAAUGGUGUUGCAGUAUGGAUUCGUCACAAUAUUUGUGGCUGCAUUCCCUUUGGCUCCGUUUUUUGCUCUCUUAAAUAAUGUUUUAGAGAUGCGCCUUGAUGCCAAGAAACUUCUUACUUUUUACCGCCGUCCUGUUAGUCAAAGAGUCAGGGAUAUUGGGGUCUGGUAUCGCAUUCUGGAUUCCAUCGGAAAACUUUCAGUUAUUACAAAUGGUUGUAUUAUUGCAUUCACCUCAAAUUUCAUUCCUCGUUUGGUGUAUGCCUUUGCUGUUAGUGAAAACAACAGCUUAGAUGGUUUUCUAAAUCAUUCACUUGCAUACUUCAACAUGAGUGAUCUUGAAAAGAAAGCUGCUCCAUCCAGAACGGAGUUCAACAUUACAGUUUGUCGUUACCCAGAUUACAGGGAGCCUCCAUGGAGCCCCAAUAAGUACGCGCAGACAUCAAUGUUUUGGCAUGUAUUGGCUGCACGCUUGGCGUUCAUUGUCAUCUUUGAAAAUGUUGUAGUGUUUGUGAUGAUUCUUGUAAGAUGGUGCAUCCCAGAUAUGUCAUCAAGCCUCCGAGAUCAGAUAAGACGUGAAACGUACAUAACAAAUGAGAUAAUCAUCAGACAAGAAACUGCCCGAGCAAGGCAAUUGUGCAGGAGCUGUUCUCCUGAUGGUGGACCUGACUUACAACAAAAUCUCAGUGAAGAAACAGAAGCAGAUGAACACUAUAGAAGAGCGCUUCUCACUCCUUUGACUGGUGCUGACCUUGACUUGGUUGUGAUGCUUAGAGGGAAGGAGGAGGAAGAGCGACGCUUGAAAGCAGAGGAGGAAGAAAAGAUGAGGCUGUCAGAAGCAGGAACAAGUGAAUAUGACCCUACAAAGUUGUAAUUCUUAUUAUCUUUUCUUUACAAUGUGUGUUUGGAUAUUAAUUAGUGUAAUCUCAACUUUUGUAACUUAAUUUUCUCAUGCAUUGCAACUCAUGCUAAAUUUGAAAGUUUGAUGACCUGCUAUGAGCAAUGCUUUGAGGUUCUCUUUGAUUUUACUGAGUCCUACCUCAUUGUGUAAAAUUAGGUAAAGCAUAUUUUUUGAAUGAAGUUUGACUACACAUACUGUAUUCCCAAGUAACGGUGUAACUGAUAGUUUAGGCCUAGGAGUUGACUGAUGACUCUACACAUAUCCUUGUGCCUUCUUUCAGUUAGUCCUUUACUUUUGACUGGUGCAGCCUUUUUCUGUGAUAAAUAUAUUUUCAAUCAGCUUUUUAAGUCUACCUCCUCAUAGUUAACUCAAAUCUCGAAUCAGAAAAAUACUGUAGUCAGUCACUUUUAGGAGUCACUGCACCACUUAAGCGUAAUUUUCUCACCCAUCUCUAGUGUUCAAUCACUGUUAAAAAUCUAGUUCUUCUUGGACCAAUUUUAUCUUGAGCUGUGACCAAUCUGUAUAUUAUUCAGUUUGAAAACUUGGGUUCAACACUAGUCAAAUUUCUUUCUUAUUCUCUCUUUAGUGUGAUAACAAGGUUAAAAACAAAAUUAGUUUUUUGAUAUGUUUCAAUCCAUGAUCAUUAGUGAGGAGUUCUUCAAUAAUAAAUGUAUCCACACAAAAUCAUCUUUUUAAAAACAUGUUUCAGAAUGUUGCAAAGUAUGCCUCAUAAAAGGUUUUUGUUGGUGUGAAUUUCACAGGGUUACUGCAAUCAUCUAGUCAAGCAAUUGAAGAGGAGAAUUUAUAACCAGAAACCUCUCUCUUUUUGCUGUUAUGUUGACAAGUUUCAGCUUCUCGUGUAGGUAGAUCACAUUAUUGCUGUAGCCAAUUUUGUAUCAGUGGGAAAUGUAAUCCUCUAGAACUUAAUUUUAGGUAAAUUUAUACAUGUCACAAACACACAAAGAAUGACGUCUUCUUAUGUAUAGCAACUUGUUCUAGCUGUCGAGGAGGAUUGGAACUCCGAGUCUGAGACUCAAUUGAGUUAUUUGUGCUGUGAGUCAGUGACAGCUUAUCUAAUUUCCUCUUUUUUUCCCCAAUUAAUGCUUCCUUUGCCCAAUUUCUCAUAAGAGUUACUACUGCCCAGCGUCUUCUAUAACUGUUACAUUGUUACCUUUCUCCACGAAUCAAGUUUUAAAUAUGUUGGUGUUUUUCAAAGUCUAACCUAAGUUUUGUGGCUUGAUUUUUCAUUUUAAUUAGGAAUCCAGUACUUAAUGACAUAAGGUGUCAGCUGGCUUAUGAGUAAUGUAUUUAAAUUAUAUGAAGUGGCUUUUGUCACUCUGCUUUUGUAAAGAUCUGUAGACAUCCUUAUCUCUUACAUAGAUUUACUAGAUUGGAUCUUGCCUUUUCCAAAGACAAUUGAUAAUGAGCGGCAGUCUGUAAUAUUUACUAAUUUUAUUGUUAUUCUGGUGUCACUUAUACAUCAUUUUGCAUUUCUUUUUGUGAAGAUUUACAGCAAUUUCUAUUGCUGAACUUUUGCUGUUGUCUCUUCUUAGUUUUUACCUUGCUUUGGGUUAGUGGCAUUUUAAUUUAAUUUUGUUUUUACUACUGCUAUUUGUUAGGAAAAUAUUUGAUGACCCUGUACAGACAGACUUUUAAAUCUGGCUGUAGGAGUCAUUAUGUUCCUAUUGCUACCUAAUUGUUCUGUUAGACCCGAAGUUGGGUACUGAGAGGACUGAGAGUGUGUCCAAGUGGCUUUGCCUAUUGUACCUGUUUGUUAGAGCAGGAUCUGAGUUUUGAAACGUUUUGUCCCCUUGUUGAUUUAUUUUGACACCGUUACAUUUUUUGAAAUGUGUUUUGUGAAGUUUGAAAAUUUUCCUGCACUUUAGUAAAAGAAGUACUUGAUACAUGGGGUCUAUAGAAAGAAUCUCAUGACUGAUUAUUAAAUAAAUAUUGUUGUGUUAAUAAUUUAAAGUUAUGUGUGAAGUUCAUAAUUGCAGAACAAGUCCAUAACUCAAUUAAUGUUAUUCGUUUACAAAUUAUGUGCUUUGAUUGAUAUGUGAUUGGCAACUUUGUGCCAUUUCUGCUUUCAUGUGUGAUGUAAACAAAGUCUUUGUGAUUAAAUAUAGUGAACCAA